AUGAGUGAGAUUGUAUAAGCAGACACAAAUAUAGAACAGGAAAUUUUCAAAAAAUUGGCCAGAUUACAUAUUGGAUUCCUCCUUCUUGUAAAAAAGAGUGGCAAGUUAAAAAAAAUUGAUGAAGCUUCUGAAAGGCUUUUUUAAUAGAUGAUAAAUCAUUUUAUAUUAGGUGAAUUUACUUUAGCAAUUGAAAUUGCUGAAAAACUUAAACUAAAACAUUAAUUGAAAUUCAUUUAUCGUUUUUAAGCAUAGUGUUACAUCCACUUAAAUCAAUUCGAAAAUGCUGAAACUUGCUUGGAGCAGGCCCUUCAAAUAAAGCCUUAAAGCUGUGGAAUUUUGCACAAUUUAUGUAAGAAAAAGUAAGAAUUUAGAUAAUAUAAACAUGUAAAAGGGUGAUUAUUAAAGAGCAAAAGAUUAUAUAAAUGAACUCAAGAAAUUAGAUAAUAAUCCAAUAUAUGAAUAUUUAUUAGGUUAAAUUGUUUUUUUAAUAUUAUAGGAAUUACUUAUUAAAAGAUUAAUGAACACGAAAAGGCAAUUUAAUGUUUCGAAAUAGCUCAUCAAUGUUUGCAAAAGAAAAGGUACUUUAUGGCUAAAUGUAAUGAUCUAUUCAGACUAUUUAGCGGAAUCAUAUUUAGCUCUAGAAAGAUAUGAUGAGGCAUUAGAGUGUUGCAUGAUAGCUUUUUGUUAUGAACCGUGUGAUAAGAAUGUGAAGAUAGUUUUAUGUAAUUUUCAAUUUAAUUUAGUAACCUUGAUUGUUUUGCUUAAGAUCAGUGAGGAAGAGCUAGAAAGGAUGUAAUUAAAGAUAGAUGAAUAACAUAACUACACUAUUGAAACUUAUAAAAAGAGUAUAAUUAAUUAAUUUCUUUAGAGAGAGAAUUAGAAGCUUAGCAAACUUAAUUAAUUAAGAGACAAUCAAAAAUCAGGAUUAAUUCUAGUUAAAUAUAGCCAACUUAAUCAUAAAUCAAAAUAAAUAAAUAAAAUCAAUUCAUCAAAUAUUAUUUGGAUGCUAUUUAUUACACAUUUACUUACUUUUUUGCUUUAUACGCUAAUGCUGAUUAGAAUUGUACUGCUAAAAUUGCAAACUAUUUAUCGACAAAAUAAAAUAUUGAAAUGUUUGAUUUUACUGAUCGAAUAAGAGAAACAAUCUAAAAAUGUUAUCCAGAUUUACAAAACCUGAGUACUCAUGAGAUAAGUAGAUUGUUGAAUUUAUGGUAUGACAAGAAAAUUAAAGAUAAAGACAAUAAAAAUGAUAUUUAUUAGCAUCUAUACAUCAUUUUUAGGAAUUUAACUGAAUCUAAUCUGAAACAAUAACUCUUCGACAGGUUCAACGAAGGCUUUACUUAGAGUUAGGAAAGAUAAAAUAAAAAUAAGGAAUUCCAUUCUUAUCUUUAAUUAAUCUGUACAGAUGUUCUAAAAAAAGGUUUUAGAAUUUAUAAUGGUAACAAUAUUUAUCACUUGCUUAGAAUUUAGCGGUGUAAUUGGAUUAGAGCAUGCGAUUAUGAUUUUAGGAUUUUUAAUAAAAUUUCCUGAAUUAGCCGAUGAUAAAGACAGUUUUGAAGAUCUGGUUUUCAGAGGACUAACCAAAGAAGAUUUUUAUUAGUUAUUAAAAUCAUAGAGCAGAUUAUCAGUAUCACUAAACUAGGUAUAUCUUUCGAAUAUUUCAUAGCCAUCAAAGCAGUUGGAGAAAUUAGAAUAAUCAGUUUUUAGUGAUACAAAUUUCCUUUCUAAGUUUCAGUGA